GCGGCGUCGGCCACGGGUGCCGGGGGGACACCGGCUGGGCUCGGCUCGGCUCGGUCUCCAGCGGCGUGGGCCGGGCAGCGGCCGGGCGGUGGCUCCGCGGUGCGGGCAGGGGGCGUCCGCGCGUCCGCGCGCUCAGUGGCAGCUGCCACCCCCGCUGCCUGCGCGCCGGGGUGCAGGCUUGGAGCCCCUAUGACAGCCAGCCUCUGGCAGUAACCGACCUUCCAUAGCUAAUGUGACAUACCCACUUCUUCCCCCACCCCGCCAGUGACUUUGGCCGGGAGUGGAGUGGUGGGCCAAGCCGGCUGGCCUCACCCAUCAAGGAUGCUGUCCCCAGCAGGCUCCAAGGGAAUGUGGCAGCCAUGCCUCGCCCUGCACCCUUAUGGGAGAUCCACCUUCCCGCCUGCACUGACCCACAUGGGACCCCUGGAAGACUGAUUGACUGAGCCGGCUUUGCAUCCCUCCGGUGGUAACAACACCACCCCUUUCCCCAAAGAUGUCGCUUGAGUGGCUGGUGUCCUGGAACUGGUCGCUGGAUGGCCUGAGGGAUUGCAUCGCCACAGGCAUCCAAUCAGUGCGGGACUGCGAUACCACGGCGGCAGUCACCGUGGCCUGCCUGCUGGUGCUGUUCGUGUGGUACUGCUACCACGUGGGCAGGGAGCAGCCACGGCCCUAUGCGUCGGUCAACUCCCUCAUGCAGGGCGCCGAGGUCAACGGGCUACAGAAUGGCUUCGUGUCCUGCCAGUCUCCGGAGUGCGUACGCUGCACCCACCACGAGGGGCUCAACCAGAAACUCUACCAUAACCUGCAGGAGUACGCCAAGCGGUACUCGUGGUCGGGCAUGGGCCGCAUCCACAAGGGCAUCCGCGAGCAGGGCCGCUACCUCAACAGUCGGCCCUCCAUCCAGAAGCCCGAGAUCUUCUUCCUGCCUGACCUCCCUACCACACCCUACUUCUCCCGGGAUGCUCAGAAGCAUGACGUGGAGCUGCUGGAACGCAACUUCCAGACCAUCCUGUGUGAGUUUGAGACCCUCUACAAGGCCUUCUCGAACUGCAGCCUCCCACAGGGCUGGAAAAUGAACAGCACCCCAAGCGGGGAAUGGUUCACCUUUUACCUGGUCAACCAGGGGGUGUGCGUGCCCCGGAACUGCAGGAAGUGCCCACGGACGUACCGCUUGCUUGGCAGCCUUCGGACCUGUAUUGGAAACAAUGUUUUUGGGAACGCGUGCAUCUCCGUACUGAGCCCUGGGACGGUGAUCACAGAGCACUAUGGGCCCACCAACAUCCGCAUCCGAUGCCACCUAGGUUUGAAAACCCCCAGUGGCUGUGAGCUGGUGGUAGGGGGCGAGCCGCAGUGCUGGGCAGAGGGACGCUGCCUUCUCUUCGAUGAUUCCUUCCUGCACACAGCGUUUCACGAAGGCUCAGCAGAGGACGGCCCCCGGGUGGUGUUCAUGGUGGAUCUGUGGCAUCCCAACGUGGCGGCGGCCGAGCGGCAGGCCCUCGAUUUCAUCUUUGCACCAGGACGAUGAGGACGUGUUACCCCCAUGCCAGAGUCGGCCAGAGGGGCCGAGGCGAGCGAGGCUGGG